CCGCCCCACCCUGCAUCCCCGCCUGCAGGCGUGCGGGUGCUGGCGCUAGACGCCGCCUUUUCUUUCGACCGCGAGGCGCAGCUUCGCCAGCAGCACUCGCAGCAGAGCAAGCUCAAGAUUGGCAUCGUGGGCUUCGGCACCUUUGGCCAGUUCCUGGCUCGGCGCAUGGUCCAGGCGGGGCACGAGGUAAUUGCCACCUCGCGCUCCCCUUACCACGACCAGGCCGCCGCCAUGGGCGUGCGCUACUUCACAGACGCCAACGACUUUUGUGAGGAGCACCCCGAGGCCGUCAUACUGGCCACAUCCAUUCUGUCGCUGGAGCAGGUGCUGCUGUCGCUGCCCGUGCAGCGCCUCAAGCGCUCCACGCUGUUUGUGGAUGUGCUGAGCGUGAAGGAGUUCCCCAAGCGCCUGCUGCUGCGGGAGCUGCCGCCAGAGGUGGAUGUGCUGUGCACCCACCCCAUGUUUGGACCCGACUCAGGCAAGGGCAGCUGGGCGGGGCUCAACCUGCAGUACGAGAGGGUGCGAAUCGGGUGCGAGCCAGACCGGCAGCGACGCUGCGACACGCUGCUGCAGUUUUUCGAGCGCGAGGGGUGCCGCAUGGUGGAGAUGAGCUGCGAGGAGCACGACCAGCUGGCGGCGUCCACCCAGUUCAUCACACACACACUGCAAGCCACCCCCAUCGACACCAAGGGCUUCCAGAGCCUGCUCAGCCUGGUGGACAACACGGCCAACGACUCGUUCGACCUCUACUACGGACUCUUCAUGUACAACCAGAACUCCACCGAGCAGCUGGACCGGCUGGAGAAGGCGUUUGACGAGGUCAAGGCGCGGCUGCUGCACCAGCUGCACGACAAGGUGCGGCAGCAGAUCUUCCACGGCGAGAUGUACCAGGCCAAGCCGCAGCUGAUGCUGCCAGACCGCAGCAGCGGCGCCGGCAGCAGCAGCGACAGCGAUGGCGGCGGCGCCGGCUGCAGCCCCAGCUGGCAGGCGCAGCCCGCGGCGGCGGAGAGCGGCGGCAGCGUCGGGGGCAACGGCGGGGGAAAUGGCGGCGGGGCUCAGCCAGGCAGCGUCAACCCUUUCACGAUGAGCAUCGAGUCGCCCUGA